UCCCCCUUGCUUGGCGCCUGCGCUCUAGUCCCUAGAAGUUUGCCUUUGCUUCUCAUUCCCUCCCUCAUCUCCCCUCUCAGAGAAAACAAGGAGGGGGGGGGGGCAAAGUUGGGAGGAGAAUGGGGAAGGGAAAGGAAAGGGGGUGUGACACCUGGGAGGAGAUCAGGCCCUCCUCCCUCCUCUCACACCCCCCUCCCGGCAUUGAAGUUUUCCCAGCAAGACCACAUCUCUGCGCCUUGGAGAAAAGGGAGAAAGCUGUAAGCCCCUCUCAAGCUGCUUGAAGUCAAGGGAUUUUGCAUUGUUUUUGCAUUGAAUUGUGUGGAGAGGAAGAAGAAGGCAGGGCUGAGUGGAGCCGACAAGCCUCAGCAGCUCAGAAGAGCUGGAAGUUAUGGGACUUCAGCCUUCACCUGCCUGAAAAGUUGUCUUCCCAGGAAAUUUUGAAACUUUUUCAUCGCCAGAGAUGAGGGAGAGAUCCAGGUUUACCAUGGUGGGCCUACCUGUUCUCGUAUUCUUGUGGACCAUUAAAGGUGCCUUUCCUGCUCAUUCUCACUGGAAGCCAACCUGGCCAUCCUACAGAGUCCCAGUCGUUGUGCCCCAAUUGACUGUGAAUUUGGACAAGCCGCAGUUUGACGCAGAAGCCAAACUAGAAGUGGUAUCACCUUGUGGUCCUUCAUGCCACAAAAGUUCUCCAUUGCCAACUUAUGAAGAGGUGAAGGACUAUUUGUCCUAUGAGACCUUAUAUUCCAAUGGUUCUCGCACAGAGACAGAAGUUGGUAUCUACAUCAUUACUGGUGGAAACACUGGGGCACAAAGCAGAUCUCGGAGAAAAAGACAAAUCUAUGGAUACGACACAAGGUUUAGCAUUUUCGGCAAGGACUUUUUGCUAAACUACCCCUUUUCCACUUCUGUGAAGUUAUCCACAGGCUGUACUGGAACACUGGUGGCUGAAAAGCACGUCUUGACUGCAGCUCAUUGUAUUCAUGAUGGAAAAAGCUAUGUCAAGGGAGCCAAGAAGCUGCGAGUGGGGUUUCUGAGGCCCAGACUGAAGGAUGGUAGCAAGGGGGCGAAUGUCAGCAGCUCUCCCGACCCACACAAAAUGAAAUUCCAGUGGAUCCGAGUGAAACGGACCCAUGUCCCCAAAGGGUGGAUCAAAGGGAAUGCCAAUGACAUUGGCAUGGACUAUGAUUAUGCUCUGUUGGAACUCAAGAAACCCCAUAAGCGAAAGUUCAUGAAAAUAGGAGUGAGCCCAACAGCAAAACAGUUGCCUGGGGGAAGGAUCCACUUCUCAGGCUAUGACAAUGAUCGGCCAGGCAAUCUGGUUUACCGUUUCUGUGACGUCAGGGAUGAAACGUAUGAUCUCUUGUACCAGCAGUGCGAUGCCCAGCCAGGGGCCAGUGGUUCUGGGGUUUAUGUGCGGAUGUGGAAGAGACAGAACAACAAAUGGGAACGUAAAAUCAUUGGGAUAUUUUCUGGACACCAGUGGGUGGACACCAAUGGCUCCCCCCAGGAUUUCAACGUGGCUGUACGCAUUACCCCUCUCAAAUAUGCACAAAUAUGUUACUGGAUCACAGGGAACUAUCAGCACUGCCGGGAUGGCUAAAGACAAUGAACAUCCCAUGGAGGCCUUGAUUGGUUAUUGGGGGAAAUCAGACUCCUGUAUUGCCAAUGUGCACAAUUCUGUUUUAUGAAUACCAGGAUGCAAGAUGUAAUUGGGAGGUCCAUCUUACUAUUUGUGAAGGUCAUGUGUGUUAAAUAGCAGGUCCAGCUUGAAAAUUUAACAAAGACUGGGCUCAACUCUGACAUUAAGAAGCUUUGGCUAUGGGGUGGGGAGUAGGGGGGCUUGCUGUGAACACUUUCCAUGGUUCAACUAGUCUCCAGGAUCAGAAGGGUUCUGAGAUUUAGUGUAAAUUGUAGAAGAGCUAUCUCUGAUGCAGAACCCGUUUUGGGGUUCCAUACCAAAGAUAGCUGAUUUUAUUGUAAGCCACUCACUGAAUUAAGCAUAUUUUAAUAAGUAAGAACUCAUCUAAUGUUCAGAUUAAGUCCUAUGUGGAAUCACUGUCCUAUUGUCGAGGUAGCCAUCAAUUGCCAUGGUCACUGUCUGCUGAUGACCUUAAUCUCUUUCCUUUUGGCUGUCCUCAUUCUUAUGUUAGCUUUCCCAAUUCUCAAAUUUAACAUGCUGCAAUGAUCAGAAUGUAUGUAUUUGACCUUUGCAAUCUUCCCUAAGGCAGAUCUGUAUCCAUCAGUAGGCACCAUGGAUAUGUCAAUCCUCAGGCCUACCAAAUUGUAUGGUGCUGAUAGAGACUCCUCCAUUGCAAGGAUGUUCUAAUAGCUUUCUUAUGUGUUAUGCCACUAUUCUUUGUGCAUUUCCAUUCCCAUGUCAACUGAAUUUUUCUUGAGCUGAUACAACUUGUUUUAGGUGCCAAAAAAGACUUAAGAGAUUGCAACUGGAGCCAGUGAAUCUACUCCAUUUGAAUCACAGAGGAGCUAUCCAAGGUGCUGAACUCUACCACCUAUCAAACCUAGCUUCAGCACCUUGAAUAGCAGCCUUAGCAUGCAGAUUAAAACCUGGAACAGAGUCACAAACCCCACUAAUGUUGUAGCCACCUUCUGCAUCUGCAUCAAGUGGAUCAAAUGCCAUCAACUGAUGCUUUGAAGUAGCGGCUUUAGCAAAAGAUAUUUCACUUUGAAGAACAUGAGUGCAACGUGAAGAAACCUGAAAUACAUUUGGUUUUAGCAGCUUUGACUGUUUUUUUUUCCAAGAAGCUCUUAUGUGCAAAGCUGGGAACCUGCCAUGAUUCUGUGGGAAUGCAGAAUAGCUGAAGAACAUGGCAUUGUCUUGCAUUUAGUUACCUAAGAAUCUCAGGGUAAUUUUCUAAGUGAAUCCACUCACUUUAUUUACUGCACUGACUUUAACAAAGUUGCUUCCUUAUACAAGUUAGUUUGGCUCCAGCUGAUGGAGAAAGUUGGAAGUAAUCACAGGGACCUCUCUGUCUACUUCCAUCUUGGCAGGGUAUGAGAAAUUAGAUCCUCUCAGUCUCCUAAAGACUCUUAGCUGUGCCAGAGGACUGGUGGGAAAAGUAAAGAAAGAUGUCUAUUUCUUUGCGCACAGGCCUUGGGAAAGUUUGAGGCAACAGAAGAGAACACACAUUAAUUCCUGACAACCUGAAUAAUGACAUAAAGGAUGCAAACUUAUGUACACUAUACAAGUUUUUAGUGUUAUGAGUGCAUUGUAAGUACAGGUACUAUUGUCAGGUAUUAUGAGAGGCAUCCAGUCUUGGGUAGGUUCUAGCUAUUCUGUGAGAAAAGGAUUAAUCUCCCUUUCCCAGCUGCAUGCCUCUCCAGAUGUGCUGGAUUCCAGCUUCCACCAUCUCUACUUGGCACACACUGCCUGUGGAUAAUAGGAAUUAUAUUCCAACUCAUUUGGAGACUGCAGGUUGGAUGAUAUAUAUCAGCUGCCUGACAAUGUCCAUUUUUUUUGGAAGAGUAGCACAUCUUUUGGUACUCUUUGUGCAUUUCCAUUCUUUGUGGACUGACGAAUUCAAACCAUGGCCUAAAUUCUGUUUUUAGACCUAAACAGAGUAGAACAAUUGAAUCAAUUCAAUUUGCCUAUGCAUUUACUCACCAUUCAAUAAUUGAUAAAAUUGACCUAUUUCAUUGGGACUAAAAGAAAUCCAUUUUAUUGGGAGAGCCAGAUUAAGUAAGCCUAUUUUGCAGGGAUUAUCCAAAUGGCCAACAGCAAGCCAGGAGCCAAUAUGCCCCCCCCCCCAUGGUUGCCACAUACUGAAGUCACAACAGUAGACCUUUGAUGAAGAAAAAGUGAUGCUUACCAGAGUCUUUGGCUAAUAAUGAUUAGGCAAACUAUUCGAGUGACCGAAACUAGGCAACCAAGUUCAAAAUAAAUUAAUAGUUGUUCUUCUCCUUUCCAUGUUGGCAGACCAUCUUUUCCCACAGAAACAACAUCUCCAGGUCUUUGCCACUUGAUACCCAAACAUUGCUUGGGUUUGUUUUUGUUCCAUUACAAAAGAAAACAUUAAGAUGCUAUACUUUGCAGCCUAAAUGUUUGUGCCACUGGAGUUUCUAAGGCUUUAGAACUGUGGGUUAGGCUGCCUUUAAGCAUUUAUCUGUCUUCCAUUGAGAAGAAGAACGCUGUCAGAAGAAAUGUUGUGCUUUGCAAGAUGUGGACAGACUACUCAUUUCCCCUCCACCUUCCUCUGUGUAAGUGUGUGUGUGAGAGAGAAGAAGACACACACACACAUGUAUAUAUAUUUAGAUUCAGCAAACCCAUGCUAGGCACCUUUCUUGAUCCCUCUUUGGCACAGAAUUGCAAAGGAGUUGGGAGGCAUUCUAAAUAGCAGUGGAGGAAAGAAGAUGCUUCCCUUGUGUAAUCUAUCCCCAGAUGGGAUUCACUGAUAUGUAUUUGUCACAUCAGGAUGAAAAACUUACAUACACGCAGGUCUGGUGUCAGUAUCCUGGAUCUACAGCCAAUGAUGGCCUCUUGUUCCUUGCCCUUCAAUGGUGAGCACUGAAAUGCAAUAUUCCACAAGUUCUACCAUCACAAUAAUAUAACAAUGCCCACCACUGAUGGCCAUCAUAUUUUACUAAUUAUGUUUGGCUUUUAAAAAUCUAUGUACAUUACCUCAAAAUGACAGAGUUUCUAGAGCAUUGUAUUUUGGGAAAACUAACCAUAGUAGCCAAAAGGGCUCUUUAGACCAUUUGAUGCCAAGAAUCCCCUAAUCUAUGUAGGCCAGGCAUGGACAAACUUUGGCCCUCCAUGUGUUUUGGAUUCCAACUCCCACAAUUCCUAACAGCCUACCGGCUGUUAGGAAUGAUGGGAGUUAGAGUCCAAAACACUUGGAGGACCAAAGUUUGCCCAUGCCUGGUGUAGGCAGUACUGCCUCCAGAAGUGUAUUCUCAACAGAGUUUCGCUUAGGAGAUCUGGAACAGAGUCAACUGACAAGUUGUGCAUUGCUUUGCAGAUGAUGUCAAAUGGAGCUACAAUUUUUCACCAUGGCGGAAACAGUCCAAAUCACUUAAAAUCAGAAAGUAUGCAGAUAUUUUUCCAGUAGUGGUGUGUGUGUAUCAAAAAUCCUUCUUUCCUGGUGAUGUCCCAUGGUGCUGAUAUGCCCGCUUCAGUGGUGCUGUUUUGUUUCUCAAGCUAGAAGUACCCAAUGAUGUGUCCCAGAUGUAGCUUUCAGACAUAUUGGAUCGAUCAUCAGGGCUGUUUUUUAUGUGUUUUGAUGCACUGGCUCAUGCUUCAAAAAGAAUUUUGAAAAAACACCCUCACUCCAUCCUUGGUAUAUUAUAGUAACAGAAUCUGCCUCCAGUUUUUGUCAGUGUCUAAUUUCUCUGUCUGUUUACUUGGCACACCUAUUUUUGAAUGUAUUGUGGUCAAUUCAGAGAGUUAAUGGAACUUUUAAUGCAAUGAAUUGUGUACAUAUUUAUGUAUGUUUGCCAGAGAUCGAACCAUUCAUUAUAAUUCUACUUAUUUUGUAAACAUGCUCAAAUACAGCACAGUUUUGUCA